CCUUUACGCGUGCGGCCGUUGGAAUGGGAACCGGGCCCGCCCGGGCUCGAGCCAGCCGUCAACGGCGGUGAGUCAGAGCUGAGCGGCGAGGAGACAGCGGCUGUAACAUGAACAGGCAGGAGAUGGCGGACGAGGCUCUCUUCCAGCUCCUUCACACGGAGAUCGUUUCUUACGUUUAUAAAUCGGCUGAGCAAGGCGAGAUGGAAAGUGGAAGAUGUGUCACCAAAUUGGAAAACAUGGGAUUCAGAGUGGGACAAGGACUAAUUGAAAGAUUUACUAAAGAUACUGCACGAUUCAAGGAUGAACUGGAUGUCAUGAAAUUCAUUUGUAAAGAUUUUUGGACCAGUGUAUUUAAAAAACAGAUCGACAAUCUUCGGACUAAUCACCAGGGUAUUUAUGUGCUCCAAGACAAUAAAUUCCGCCUCUUGACUCAGAUGUCUGCAGGGAAACAAUAUUUGGAACAUGCACCUAAGUAUUUGGCUUUUACUUGUGGACUAGUUCGAGGUGCAUUAUCGAACUUGGGAAUUAAAAGUAUUGUGACAGUGGAAGUUACUGCAAUGCCUGCAUGUAAAUUCCAAGUAAUGAUACAAAAGAUGUAGAAGAUAUCUUCACAAACACUCAAGUAUUAGCUUUGAAAAUCUAGAUGAUUUAAAACAAUGAAAGUAUUGUUAUUUCCUGUGAAAUAAGAUGACAAUGAAUUUGUUUACAUGUGUGUCUUCAGCUGUGUUUAAGUUUUCUAACUUUUAAAUGGGACUUUCGUGAUCAUCAUAUACCACUGCAUUGAUCAUCUGGCGGAAUAAAAAUUCACUUCAGAUUAGGUUAAUAAAGUGGACUCCUGGUGUGUAUUCUGAUUUGCUUAUAGGGAUGUAACUAACUUGAUUUAUUUGUUUUACUUUGCAACUCAUUUGAAAAAAAACUUGUUAUUUUAUAUUUACACAAUUAAAGUAAAAAUAAACUAAUUGCAAAUGCAGAAAUUUAGAACAGAAUUAAAUUCUUAAAAUAUACAACACCAUUUGCAACAUUUCAAGGCAGAACAAUUUUAGGUGAAGAUCCUUGGUCAGUUUAGAUAAAUUUUGAACUAGCCUGUUCAAACAUGUUAUGAUGCACUUGUGGGGUAGGUGGGAUUUGAACCACCUAGCCCAAGGUUGGGACACUACCAUUGUGCCAUAAGAGCCCUCCUUAUUUGGGGCCCAGUCCCAUUCCUGACACACCCAUUGAGACUGACACACACUAGUACAGUACUAACUAAAAUGUUGUAAUAGCAAAUGUGCUGUCUUUCAGAUGAGAUGAUGGAGUAAAUGAGAGAGGAAUCAUCACUGAUGUUUUAAAUUGCAUAUAAACAAAGCUGCAUUUUGUUUUUUUUUAAGCCCCUCUCAAGAAUUCUGCAAAUAUUUCUCCUGAAAUGGGAAGACAUUUAAACCUGUUAGUAAAAUUUAGCACUUCCAUACUAUGUACUCAGCAUGUUGUGCUGGAAAAAGGUAACUUAGGCUUAUGUGUACAGAAUAUGCAGAUAUAAUAAUUUGUAAUUUGGUAUUGGAGUACAAAACAGUAUUGGUCAAUAUAACUAAAAUUAUGGUGAGAUAACAAAUUGAAGAAUAGCUCUGUAUGUUUAAUAGUUCUCUGUCACGUGUGCAACAAAACAAACUGUAGUUGUCCCAAUACCCCCACACACUUAACCAGCUGAAGUAACCAUUGAUGUCGCCGAAUGGCAGUGGUUUUUGUUUUUGUUUUUCUUCUUAGCUAAAUCGAGCAUGUUAUUGUUAGUAACUGGCGUUUUUUUUUCCAUAGUUGUGGAUGAGACCAAACUUUGUUGGCCAACCCUAAAUGCCCAGAGGGCAGUUAAGAGUCAGCAACAUUACCUAGUGUAACUCCAGACCUAUAGCAAAGAUGGCAGCUUCCUUCCUUAAAGGACACUUUUUUUUUUGCCGAUUGUUGGAGGAAUGUAUUGAUGGUCAUCAUUUGAUUCUAAAUUCCAAAUUUUUAUUGAAUUCGAAUUCCACCAUCUGCCAUGGUGGGAUUUAAACCUGGAUCCCAGGACAUUACCUGGAAUUAACAGUCCAGUGAUUAACAUCACCUCCCCUCAGCUUUCAUUUACAAAGUAGUCAGGAAUUAUAACUGUAUGUACAGCUGAAGUAUGCAAGAGAAUAAAAAGAUAAAAACCAGUUGUUCUGAACAAUUUCAAUGAACAAUUAACAUAAAAUAGGAGGAGGCGGCCAAUCACCCCUUUGAGUCUGCUCUGCCAUUGAAUGUGAAAAUGGCUGAUCAUUUCAGUACCCGGUUCCUGCUUUCUCCCCAUGUCCUUUUGAUUCCUUUAGCUCUAAGACCUUUUUGUAAUGCCUUCUUGAAAACACAAGCAACAACUUUGUCUUAACCAUUUUCUGUGGCAGAGAAUUCCACAGGUUCAUCAUCAUUCUUGGGGUAAUGAAUUUAUCAUGUAUAUGAAGUGGCUGACUGCGUACACUUAAACUGUAAGACCCGGUUCUGGACUCCCUGGUCAUUGGGACCAUCCUUCCUGCAUUUACCCUGACCAGUCUGUUUAGAGUUUUGAGUUUCAAUGAAAUCUCCCAUCAUUUUUCUAAACUUCAUAGAACGGAUUGGUUAAGACUAUCUUCAAUCACUUAGUCCUGCCAUCCAUGGAAUCCGUCUGGUAAACCUUCGUUGCAUUCUGUCCAUAGCAAGAACACCCUUCCUCAAAAAAGCAGACCAAAACUGUGCAGACUUUUCCAGUUGUUGUCUCAUCAAGGCCCUCAAAGUUUGGGAGAAGAUUUGUAGCUCGGUGACAUCCUCAGUGCUUGGGAGCCUCCUGUGAGUUCCAGCUGCAGUGUCCGAUGCAUGGCACUCAUCCACAGAUUCUAUCAACAACCACAUCGACCUGGACCCAAUAUACUGGCCACUGCAGCGGACAGCUGGAACUGACAACCGGUAGCGGCAGAGACAAACCGCUAAAUGCCGGAGGAAACAUCACAGAAGCGCUUCACAGGAGGCUCCCAAGCACUGAGGAUGUCACCUAGACAGGGGCCAAAACGCUUGCAACAAAUUCCCAGCUUGGUGAACAGAAUCAUCAAGGCCCUGUACAACUACCUCAAAACAUCCCUACUCCUCUUCAAAUUCUCUUGCUCUGAAAUCAAACAUAUUUUCCUUGUACACUGCCUGCUGUACCUGCAUACUUACUGUGACUGGUCCACAAUGAUACCCAUGUCUAGUUGCACCUCCCAUUUUCCCAACCUAUUGCCAUUCAGAUAAUCUGUGUUCCUUUUUUCUCUGCCAAAGUGGACAACUUCAUCUUUAUCUACAUUAUAUUAUAUCUGUCAUACAUUUGCCUGCUCGUUCAGUUUAUCCAAAUCACACAAACAUCCCUGUAUCCUCCUCUCAGUACACUCUUCCACCUACCUUUGUACUGUUUGAAAACUUGGAGAUGUUAUCUCUAAAUCAUGAAAUUAUAUAUUUUCAAGCACUGAUCCUUGAGUACCCCACUAGACACUGGUUGCCACUCUGAAAAAGGCUGUUUAUUCCUACUGUUUGUUUCUGUUUGCCAAUCAGUUCUCUCUUGCUGUCGGUAUACUGGCCCCAAUCCCACGCACUGUUUUUCAUACCUUUUUUAAAUAGUGGGGUUACGUUAGCUGCUGUCCAAUUCAAACUGUUCCAUACUCUCUCAAAUCUUGGAAAAUGACCACCAGUGCACUCUUUCGCGGAUUGUAUUGGUAAUGGGAUGUAGAUUAUCGGGUGUUGGUGAGGUAUUGGCCUUUAAUCCUAUCAAUUUUGCCAAUAUUAUUUCUCUACAAAUAUUGAAUUCCUUCAGUUUACCCCCCCCCCUCACUGGAUCUUAUAAUCCAACUGGUAUUGGGAUGUUAUUUGUUUGCUUCUUUUAUGAAGCCAGAAUCAGAGUAUGUAUUUAACUGGUUUAUCAAGUUUCUUCCCCAUUAUAACUUCCCGAUUUCUACUGUAGGUUAAUAGCUGUUGAGAAUUAAGUAGGCCAGGAAAGAAAAAUGACACUGCAAUCUAUGUUUAUUGUUCCUUAUUUAGGUCAGAAUCGAGUAUAAAUAUGGUAUCUCGAAUUGAUUAAAAUGUAAUUCAUAUUUAUUUUGUCUUUGAGUUGAGUUCACUUUCUAUAACUUGUAUAUACCAGACUAAUUGAUAAAUUCUAUAACUUGUCAGAUUUAAUGUAAUAUUUUUGACUGGA